CAUACUGUAACAUUCUUGUGUUGUAGUAGCGUGUCUUCAGUCAAUGGUUGAAUUUAGACGAGUGUAAAUAUAUUGUUUUAAGUUAGUUGAUAUCAUCUGACUGAAUAACAUGGCUACACCGAUAAUGGCAGAGCUUCAGGCCUCCUCAGUUAGCCAAGACGCAUUUUCUGCUGUUCAAUUAGAACUGGCUGGAAAUGCAAAUGCUUUGGUCUUGAGGAGACCCUUUGAUCCUGUGCAGCAUCAGUUAGAACCUACUUUUAGAUUAACUAGGUUCUCUGAUUUAAAAGGAUGAGGGUGUAAAGUCCCACAGGAGGUGCUGUCGCGUCUCCUGGAGGGACUUCAACAAGAUGACAAUAAUGCACAGGAUCAUGAACAUGCCCAUUUUCUUCAUAUAGCUGUCACUCGAAUUGGUAUUGGCAUGGACUCAUGUGUUACCCCACUACGUCAUGGUGGUUUGUACCUUGUUCAAACUACUGAUUUUAUCUAUCCUUUAGUAGAUGAUCCUUAUAUGAUGGGUAAAAUUGCUUGUGCUAAUACACUAAGUGACCUUUAUGCAAUGGGUGUAACUGAAUGUGAUAAUAUGCUAAUGUUACUAGCUGUUUCUACAAAAAUGACUGAAAGAGAAAGAGAUGUUGUGACACCAUUGAUAAUGAGGGGUUUUAAGGAUUCUGCAAUGGAAGCGGGAACAUCUAUAAAUGGUGGCCAAACAGUAGUUAAUCCAUGGUGUACCAUUGGUGGUGUAGCCUCUACUGUUUGUCAACCCAAUGAAUUCAUUGUGCCUGACAAUGCGGUGGUAGGUGAUGUGCUGGUAUUGACAAAACCUCUGGGUACCCAGGUAGCGGUGAACGCUCACCAGUGGUUAGAUAUACCUGAGAGGUGGAACAGGAUCAAACUGGUUGUUUCUGAUGAAGAUGUCCGAAAAGCUUAUCAACGGGCUAUGGAUUCAAUGGCAAGGCUCAAUAGGGUUGCUGCCAGAUUGAUGCACAAAUAUAACGCACAUGGAGCUACCGAUGUAACAGGUUUUGGUCUUCUAGGUCAUGCACAAACCUUAGCCAAACAUCAAAAGAAUGAAGUAUCAUUUGUCAUUCAUAAUCUUCCAGUUAUAGCAAAGAUGGCUGCCGUUGCCAAAGCUUGUGGAAAUAUGUUUCAACUUCUCCAAGGACAUUCAGCUGAAACAUCUGGUAAUGAUCAAAUUUUAAAUCUUAAAGCUUUAUUAUGAACUUGAUUGAUUUUAAUCAACUUAUCCUUAUCCUGCCUAGUGGGGAAAAAGUGAUGUGUUCAGUCCACAUUUGUGGCCCAUCUUCAAGACAGAGUGCGCUGUAAAUAGUUCACUAGUAAGAAUGGGCUGAAAUGUUGACUUUAUCUAUAUAAACAAGUGGCUUAUUAAUAUGUCUUCCACGGGAACAAGCUGCUGCCUAUUGCAAAGAUAUAGAAAAGCAAGAGGGAUAUCAAGCAUGGAUUAUUGGCAUAGUCGAAAAAGGAAUGAGAACUGCAAGGAUUAUAGAUAAACCUCGUGUUAUUGAAGUUCCUGCCAAAGAGAAAGAUGGAGAGCUAUGGUAGCCGCACUUCAAUCAUGAAUAUUUGUCACGUUUCAUAGCUAAAUAUUUCAAGUUCAGUUUAGAAUUAAUCUUCUAAUGUGGACUAACUGAUAAUUUAACUAUACUAUAUAUUUAAUUGAUAAAUAAAAAAGACUUUAAAAAUAUGUGAUAAAUAAUUAUAUUUUUAUUUCAUUCUGUCCUUAAUAUAUUACCUCCAGUUAAAUAAUAAUGACUAACAUAAAUCAUCAUAUCUUAUUUAAAUAUGUCUUUUUGCUUAAAUUUUUUUUACAUUUAAAUACAAGUGUGCAUUUGAUUGGAGGGACUUAUACAAUAUAAAUACCUCUGUUUUUAGAUUUCAAUGUUUUAAAAUAUUGCUAUUUUAAUAAAUAAGAAAUGUUUAUUAAAUGUAAAGAUAGUUUGAUGUUUUCGUUUGUAUAAUUACAAAAUGUACGCAUGUUAUCUUCUUUUUUUUCUAUUGCUUGUUAAAGAUUUUUUUUUUUUUUGAAUCAAUGAAAAUGGCAGAUGUUAAAAGUUACGAAGUUGAUAACUUUACUGGUGAUAAUGUAACUUGAUUAUAGCUGUAGUUACCUUAAUAACUGUUAAGUGAAAUUGCUCAUAAAGAACUGUUAUCAAUUAGCAACGGAUAGCUUAUAAUCUUACAUUUUAUAUUUUGAUUAAUUUAGAUCACCUGUUUCUGAUGUGAAGAAUAAGAAUUUGAAAUAUGAUUAUAAAUUUUUAUUAUUAAUUUGAUUUUCUCUUUAUAAAUGUUUUAGUUUGAACCUAAAAUUACAGAUACUUUUUUUAAGUAAUUAAAUAAAUCUCCUUUGUGAUAUUCAGAUGUUUUUUAUUAUUACUGAUAGGGAUUUAUAAAAUACAGAUAGAUUUUACAU